GAAUUAGGCAAAUGCCCAAAAUUGAAGCUUAUAUUAGGCAAAUACACAUGAGUUGACAUUAAAACAUUUUUUUCUACAAUUUGGUUGGUGUUGGACGAAAAUGCCCUUCUGAAUCCUAUUGCCUAUACUGACACUCUCUCUCCAAUGAUUCUUCCUCUCUUUCUUUAAACCACACAUCUCUUUUUCAUAUCCAUUUCUUUCUUUUUACACUAUUUUUUCUUGAUUUUUUUUCUCAUCUACAAUUUUAUAUGUAAAUGAAUUUUAAUUUUACUCAUUUUGAUAGAGAAAUGAAACUUCAAGAAUAAUUAUUUAUUAACAUAUAAUACCUAACGUAUGUAUUGACAUCUAAAAAAUUCAUUAACAACUAACAUCUCUGUUAACACUUAUAAUACAUGUCUUGUUAACAGCUAACACAUCUGUUAACAUUUAUAAAAUUUGUUAACAGUUAAUGCCUGUGUUAAUACAUCUGGCACAUGUAUUUGUUAACAGUUACCACAUUUGUUGACAUCCACAUUAUUUGUUAACAGCUAACAUCAGUGUUAACACCUUUGGCGAUUUAAAAAAAAACAUGUCACAAAUGGUAACUCUAUAAACUAUAUGUUAAGAUACUUAUUUGAUAUCAAGCUCAGUGUUAUUUGUAAUGCGUUAAUAAAGGUUUUGGCUGUAACUUUAACACAUAUAAUAAACAUAGAUAUAAUAUUUUCUUUAAGCCGAAUAACACUAGAAAACAUACAAAUGAAAAAAAUAGAAAAACAGAUGAGAUAAAAUUAAGAAAAACAAGAACAAAACGUAUAGCAGAUUUAAAGACGAAAUGAGGGGAAGAGAAAUGUUAAAAGAAAGAGAUGAAGGAGAGAGAGAGAGUUAAAAAAUGUUGUUUCGGAAAAAAGUCACUAGGAUGACAGAGCUACAUGAGCUACAUGAAUAGAAGGAGAGAGAAUAAGGGGCAAUUUGGUCAACAAAUCUAAAAAAGUCACAUCAUGUGUAAACCUCUUAUUAGAGGUCUCAAUAUGGUGUUUCAGCAAAUUAUCUCUAUAUAUAAUCUUGCUCAAAUCAGGUGGAUUGGACAGCGGAGUUACACCGAAAUUUCGUACAAGCUGUGGAGCAAUUAGGGGUGGACAAAGCAGUCCCAUCUCAGAUUUUAGAAAUCAUGAACGUUAAAACUCUCACUCGUCACAACGUUGCUAGCCAUCUCCAGAAAUAUAGGUCACAUCGGAAACAUGUACUAGCGCGUGAAGCAGAAGCUGCGAGCUGGAAUCUUCGGAGGCAUGCAACGGUUGCAGUUACCGGAGUAGGAGGAAAAAAGCCGUGGAUGGCUCCUGGCUUAGGCUAUCUACCACACGUGACAACGAUGCAUCACGGUCACUUCAGGCCUUUACACGUGUGGGGUCAUCCUACAUGGCCUAAACACAAGCCGAACAAUCCAUCGUCUACUCUUCGGAGUUCGGACGUAUCCAGUUCCGGCCGUUGCAGCAGCUCCGUCAUCUUUGCCAGGUCAUACACCAUAUUGGCACCAACAACCACUCUAUCCACAGGUAAAUUCAUGUAUAAAGUUUACAGAUUGGUUGCACGGUUAAAAUGUAAAAUAAAAAUAAUAAUUAAAAAGGGUUUGUUGACCAAAAAAAAAUUAAAAAGGGUUUAUGUGUGUAAGGGAUAUGGUAUGGCGACACCGAAUCAUUCGAUGUAUAAUAAUAAUAAUAAACCAGAGACAAGCAUUGGUGUUCCUACAAGACAAUUAAGCCCCACUAAUCCUCCUCCGAUUGACAUUCAUCCCGUGAGUGCACCUUUAUUUCCUUUGAAUUUUCUUUGAUUUCGAAAUAAGUAAUAAUCCAUAAAGUCUUUUGACAACUUUGUUUAACUUGAUAAGGUUCUCAUUAAUUAGUAUAUCCCUUUUGUCUUUUGUCUUUUGUCGGUGCAGUCUAAUGAGAGCAUAGACGCAGCUAUAGGAGACGUCAUAACAAAGCCGUGGCUACCUCUUCCUCUGGGACUGAAAGUCAAUCGACGGCGUCAUGACGGAAUUGCAACGUCAAGGCAUUCCUGAUGUUCCUCCUCUUCCUUGAGAGAGCAAAAUUUGUCGAAAUCACAAUUGUUGAAUUCGUUUUAUUUUUUGGUAUCUUUCUAAGUAUUUUUGCAAGGAAUAUAAUAUAAUUCCUUGUUGCUCGAUCAUAUUUGUUCUCUAUGAACUGCAUGUAUCAAAGUUAAGCAAGUUUGUAUGUCCAAUUACAUCAUCUUGUUGGUAAAUCGAACUUAAUCUUACCUCUGAGGCUCCAACAUUAGGAUUC